AUGGAGCAAGCAACAUGCGAGCGCAAUGAGCAAUUGAGAGUUGCCAAUGCUAAUGAAAUAACACGUUUGAUUGAUCUUGAAGAGCUUGAGACUGGAAGUGGACUUAAUCAAAUUGGCACUUUACAACGACCUGUAGAAACAUGUUGGAGUUCACAUUUUAGAUCAGUUUCUAGCUUAUUAAGGAUGUUUACUUCAACUGUUGAAGUUUUACAAAAUAUAAUUGAUGAUGCGAUUGAUGGAGAACAUCGGGCAAAAGGAGAGUCAGCUUAUGAUGGUUUAACUUCAUUUGAAUUUGUCUUCAUCUUGCAUCUUGAGAAGGAAACUAUGGAGAUCACUGAUAAACUUUGUCAAGCUUUGCAAAGCCAAUUUCAAGACAUUUUAAAUAAUUUCUAUCCACAAGAUUUCACAGAUUAUGACAAACAAGUGUUGGAGAAGGAGCUUUAUUAUUUUGAGCAUAAUGGAGUCCAAGAUCCAGAGUUCAAAAAAUUGAAAAAUUUAUCUGAGUUGUCUCAAUGGUUAGUGAGAACUGGAAAUUCAGAACACUACAAACCUGUUUAUAGAAUGGUGAGACUUGUGCUUACUCUUCCAGUUUCUAUUGCCACUAUAGAGCGAGCAUUUUCAGCUAUGAAAGUUGUCAAAACUAACCUUCGAAACAAAAUGGAAAAUGAUUUUUUGACGGACUCUUUGAUGUUAUACAUUGAAAAGGAUAUAGCCUCGACAUUUAGUUUGGAUUCAAUAGUAGAUGAUUUUGAAGAUUUGAAAGAGCGUCGAGUUCCCUUUUCAUAG